AUGAACAAUAUGCGGGGACCGCAGGCGGUGUGCGGCGCUGUGCAGGCAGAGGCGCUGGUGGUGCUGGGCAACCACAAGGCGGCCUCGGUGCGCGCCGCGCUGGUGCAGUGCGUGUGCGCGCUGCAGCGGCGCGCGCCCCACGCCCUGCGCACCGCCACCACCACCACCACCACCACCACCGCCGCCGCCGCCCACCACUACUACCUGCACCUCGCGGACCAGAUUUCCUUAUAUCCCGGUUCGUGGGAACUGGCGACGGCGUGCGCCUCUCUGCUCACUAAAUGCGACGUUCCGCUUGAAGAUCAACUCGACGACGACAUCUGGAUGGAUAUGGACGAGGACGCGGUUCAGCGAAGCGCUCCACUGCUUGCCCUGCUACCGGUCUGCCUCCAUCUGCCGCAGCUCGCCCACACAAUCUCUCUGCUACUACGCCGCCUCAUCGACAAGGCGCCGUUGAAGGCCAUCGUGGAGGUGGCGCUGGUGGAGGUGGUGGUGCGCACCGUCCGCGAAGUGGGCCGCAUGGAGGCCGGCUUCGACGGCCGGGACCUGCUGCUCGAGGACCUCUACGAGCUGCUCGGCAAGGUGGCCAUCAAGGCGCUCGCCAACAACCAUAGCAUGCAGACGGCGGCGGAGAUACACCUGCAGCUGCGCUACGCGGCCCUUUCGGCGCGCGGGCGCGGCGCGGCCGGCGUGCGGCGCGCGGCGCGCGGGGCCGAGCGCGCGCUCUUCGCCGCGCAGCUGGACCACCUCGAGGCGCGCCUCGCCCAGCACGCCGCGCAGGCGCGCAGCACCAACUACUUCGCCCACGGUGCGUCGAGCGGCGAGGCGCGCGCGGCCGCGGCGAGGCGUGCGCGCGCUACGCGGCCGUGGUGGCGCGCGCGCUCGCCUUCCUGCUGGCGCGCUCGCCGCGCGGCGCGCUCCACGACGACCUGCCGCUCUUCUGCCGGCUGCUCGACACGCUGCUGCGAGGAGUGCGGCGAGCAGCGCGGCAGGUGGUGGGCGGGCUGGGGCGCCGAGUGCGCGGCGCAGCUGCAGGAGCUGUUCUGGUGGGCCGGCAGCCCGGCGGCGGGCGCGCGCGCGCUGCAGCCCGCCCUGCUGCGCGCCCUCUACCGCGCGGAGCGCACCGCCCUCGCCCACCUGGCGCCCCGGGACCCCACCGCCAUGCGCAAGCUGGCCGUGUACCUGCUGACGAUGCUGCAGCACAUCCACGCGGCGGGCGCGGGCGUGGAGCUGGCCAUCACGGACUGGGCGCGCGGCUGGGCCGUGGCCACGCAGGCCGAGCUGGCCGAGCGGCCGCCGCGCGACGCGCUGCCGAAGGAGGCCGAGCGCUUCCUCCGCGAGGACGAGGAGCGCUGGCGCAAGGCGGCCGACGGGCCCAGGCAGCGCGCCGCGCUCGGCAAGGCGGUGUUCGCGCGCGAGGCGCUAGCGGCGCGCUGCACGGAGAGCGCCAUGGCGGCCACGCGCCGCGUCGUGGAGGCGCAGAACGCCGAGCGCAAGGCCUUCCUGGAGCAUCUGCGCCGCGCGCACGCCGCAACCGCCGCCGCCGCCGCCCGCUGGCGCCGCCUCGUCGACGAGCACACGCACGAGCGCGGUACGGCCCCUGCCGCCCCUCCGAUCCCCUUGCCCCGCCCCGCCCCGCACCGCACUGACCGUCGCGCCCCCGCAGGCGUGUGGCACAGCGCGCGCGGCUGGCCGGCGGCCUGGCAGCUGGACAGCACGGAGGGCCCGGGCCGCGUGCGCGUGCGCCUGCGCCGCGCCCACCUGCGCGUGCCGGCGCGCUGCCUGCAGCCGCACGCGCGCCACAAGGCGGAGGGCGGGCGGCAGGGCGGGCCGCUGCGGGGCGUGCUGGGCGCGCUGGCCGAGGGCGCGGCGCCCGGCGGGCUGGCGGCGCUGUUGCACCUCUCCGAGACCGUGGCCUUCAUGGCGCGCGUGCACCACGUCACCGUGGCCAGCGAGACGCCCGGCGAGCUGCUGCUCAGCGACAGGUGCAUCCACUUCGUGCCGGAGGUGGCGGACGAGGACGAGGACGAGGGCGGCGGUGCGGAGGAGGAGCGUGCGGCGCAGAGCUGGGCGCUGAGCGGCGUGGCGCGCGUGAGUGCGCGCCGCUGGUGCCUGCAGGAGCGCGCCUGCGAGCUGUUCCUGCUCUCGGGGCGCGCGCACCUGCUGGCCUUCGCCGGCACGGCCGAGCGCGACGCCUUCCUGCGCGCGCUCGACGCCGCCCACCUGCCCAACAGGACGGAGCAGCCGACCCUCUCGGAGGUGAUGAACCAGUGGCGCAACGGCACCAUCACCAACUGGGAGUACCUGAUGGCUCUCAACGACCUCGCGGGCCGCUCCUACAACGACCUCAUGCAGUACCCGGUGCUGCCCUUCAUCAUUGCAGACUACACUUCCAAGAUCCUCGACCUGAACGAUCCCGCCUCGUUCCGCGACCUCAGCAAGCCGAUGGCCGUGCAGAACAAGAAGAGGGAGCAGCACUACAUAAACACUUAUAACGACCUGAAGGCGGCCCGUCGCGAGGGCUGCAGCCCGCUGCUCUCGCGCCAGCCGCACCACUACGCCUCGCUCUACUCCAACUCGGGCGGCGUGCUGCACUACCUGGUGCGCCUGCCGCCCUUCACCGAGCUCUUCCUCAACUACCAAGAUAACAACUUCGACAUGCCGGACCGUACGUUCCACUCGCUGGCGACCACAUGGCGGCUCAUCACCAACGACUCGCCGACGGACGUGAAGGAGCUCAUCCCGGAGCUGUUCUACCUGCCGGAGCUGUUCUACAACAACGAGGGGCUGGAGCUGGGCGUGCGGCAGUGCGGCGCGCGCGUGGACGACGUGGAGCUGCCGCGCUGGGCGGCCGACGCGCGCCUCUUCACGCUGGCGCACCGGCAGGCGCUGGAGGCGCCGCUGGUCACCGAGCGCCUGCCGCUCUGGAUCGACCUGGUCUUCGGCUACAAGCAGACCGGCCAGCCCGCCGUCGACGCCAUCAACGUGUUCCCGGCAUGCACGUACUACGGGUUCGACCCGAGCGCGCUCGAGGACGAGGUGGACCGCACGGCGGCGGCGGCGAUGGUGCGCACGUACGGGCAGGCGCCGCGGCAGCUGCUGCGCGCGCCGCACCCGCACGCCGCGGCCGAGCUGGCGCCCGCGGCCGCGCCGCGCGCGCCGCCCCACGCCCGUGGCGGGCGUGGGCGGCCUGCGCUGGGGCCGCUACGCCGGCUCGCCCGCCAUGCCCGCCCCCGCCGUGGCGGCGCGCCGCCUCUGCGCGGGCGCCGCGCGCCUGGCGCCGCUGCCCCGGCCGCACGCGCGCGCCGCCGCCGCGCUGCCGCCGCGCACCGCGCUGCUGCCCACGCCCCACGGAACUCCCCUGAAUUCACUGAUCAGAAGCCAAGGGAGCCAGAAGAGCCACUCAGUACGUUUCAGCCGCGGAGUCACUCCUCUCGGCAGUCCUCUAUCCUCGCUGCCCCACCACUAAAGACGGUGGGGCCUCACAGUACAGUCCGGUCCAACGUAGAGGAGGGGCAGGCGGGGGGCGGCGUGGCGCUGCUGACGUGGGGGCACGCGGACGGCACGCUGCGGCUGCGCAGGCGCCGCGACGCCCCGCCCGAGCCGCUGCUGCACGUGCACGCCAUCGACCAGGUGACAACGGUGUGCACGUCGAGCGCGGGCGGCGCGUGGGCGUGGGCCGCGUUCGUGGGGCUGGCGUCGGGGCGCGUGCUGGCGCUGCGCGCGCCCCACGCCCAGGCCCAGGCCCACGCCCACGCGGGCCGCGCCGUGCGCCAGCUGCUGGGCCACCGCGCGCCCGUGGCCGCGCUGUGCGCCUGCUCGCCCGCCGCGCUGCUCGUCUCCGCCGACCGCGACGGCCUGCUGCUGCUCUGGGACCUCAACCGGCUGACGUACAUCCGCACGCUGCCGAACCGCGAGCGGCUGCCGGUGACGCAGGUGGCGGUGAGCGAGACGCUGGCCGACGUGGCCACCGUGCACGAGCUGGGGGCGAGGCGCGAGGCGGCGCUGGGGCCCGGCGCCGCGCAGGCCGACGCCGCCGACGCCGCCGACGCCGCCGACGCCGCCGGCGACAUCGACGCCUACGAGCGCGACGCCGCGCGCAGCCACCGCUCGCUCAUCCGCGUGCACACCGUCAACGGACGCUUCGUCGGCAGCGUGAAGGUGUCGGAGACGGUGACGUGCGUGUGCUACUCGAACGCGCCGGAGGGCGCCAGCGUCAACUGCGUGGCGGCGGGGCUGCGCUCGGGCGAGGUGCGGCUGUUCAGCAGCUGGGACCUGCGGCCGCUGCGCGCGCUGGCGCCGCCGGAGGGCGCGCCCGCGCUGCUGGCGCUGGCCUUCGGCGCCGACUCGCAGCUGCUCUUCGCCUGCCACGCCGGCGGCCUGCUGCUGGCCUGGGAGUCGGACCAGCACCCGCGCGCCCCCCCGCCGCGCAUCCUCUCCGCGCACGCCCUGCUC